AUGGAUGAACCACUGACUUUUACCCCUUUAUCAUCAGAAAAUGACACACACCCAAUAAUCAACGACCUCCACCCAAUUGAACUCGCAGCACAUUCACUACUAACUGGUCCAUUAGAUACACUAAGUGAGAAUUUUGAACUGUUAAACCAAUCACAGAUUAUACUCUUGGCACGACUACGCGUGAUUGAAAAUCGAUUGGAAAAGUUCAAAGAAUUGGUUGAAUCGAAUAAUAUAAGUGAAAAGCAAAUGAUAGCUCAAUUUAACAAGAUUAGAGAAUUAUCCGAUCGAUUAACGAAUAGUUUGAAGCAAUUGGAUAAGAUUGAUUCUCGAAUAUCACGAAUGAAUGAAUGA